AUGACCGUACACCAUCAGCAGCUACAUUUCAGUGGCAGCUCCCUGUUGCCCAUCGGAGGCCUCUCAUUAUUUGCGCGGGAGGCCGCGCAGUUGGCGCAAACAACGCUCGUCAGCUCAGCGGCUGGUCUCCGGCAUCGUCGCCGUUGCGUCGAGGCGACGCGGGAGAGUGUGGGCGUGUGCACGCGACACAGUUUCUCAACUCCGUUGGUGUGCUCGGUUGCGCAGGCGUGCUGCUCGGUGGAGGCGACGCUGCGUGACGAGAAGGCGCUGCACGCCGUGACGCGCCAGGAGCUGGGCCGGGUACUGGACCGGCUCAAGUUCUACACGGGCUCCAGGAUCGCCUCCUCUUCCUCCUCGUCGGCUGCGCUCAAAGACUACAGGGCAUUGCGAAAUACAGCGAACACGUCGCAGAAACCCUGCCCCGGCUCGGCACAAUGGAACAGAACGUUUCGGAAGAACCGGGCCGGCGUGAAAGUGUGCGAAUCGAAAUGUCAGCACGUCAUCAGCAUCCAGCAGACACGGGGCACUCACAACUCCGACAUUGGCGUCCAGGUCAACCUCCUCACGCGGGCGAUAGACGAUCGGCCGAAACUGUCCACAAAGAUGCGGUACGGCAUUGCGGCGGUGUUCCAGGACAAGUCGUCCUGCAAGACGCUUCCGGCGAACGCCGGCAGGGGCACUCGCAUCAGCAAGCCGCUGCGUGGGGUCAUUACGGAGCGAGAGGCUGCGCUGGGCAUACUGAGCCGCGAGGUGAAGCUGCUGCAGGAGGAGCGGGACCACCUGCAGGAACUGCUGCAGCACUCGCUUCAGGGCGUUGUGCCGCAGCACGCCGCGCACGUCUCCAAGGGCCUGCAACAACAGAUCGAAGCGCUGAAGGCCGAGAAUCAGAGGCUGCUGGACAGCUACAACGCCGAGAGGGUGAUGAGGAAAAAGUAUUACAACAUGGUUGAAGACAUGAAAGGGAAAAUACGGGUCUACUGUCGUGUAAAACCUCUCACGAGUGAUCAGCAGAACAAGGAUCUGCAGGGUGUGAUCGAUGCCACGGACGACUACACACUGGUCGUGCACGCGCCUCGAGGUGACAAGGAAUUCACGUUCGACAGGGUUUUUAUGCCGCACCACACGCAAGAAGACGUCUUCGGUGAAACAAACAGCCUGGUACAGAGUGCCAUGGACGGCUAUAACGUGUGCAUCUUCGCCUACGGUCAGACUGGCUCGGGCAAGACGUACACACUCACUGGAGUCUCAAACACAGAGCAGUUGCAGGCUGAAGGCAUCGCACCGCGCGCCUUCCGCAGGAUGUUCGAGCUCGUCAAGGAGAACGAAAUGAAGCAGUCGUUCCUCGUGACUGCAACAUUCGUCGAACUCUACAACGAACGUUUUGUGGACUUGCUCAAGGCGAACAGCAAUCCGGAGGAGAAGCUCGAGGUUCGCAAGGACUCGAGUGGCCACACGUUCGUGCCAGGUGUGACGACAGAGGAAGUGUCCAACUCGGCGCAGUUGUGCGAGUGCUUCGCGCGCGCUCUGAAAAACAGGCGUGUCGCUUGCACGCGCAUGAACGCUCAAAGUUCGCGGUCGCACUUUGUCGCCACGGUCGAGGUCACCAGUACGAACCGCCUGAACGGAGCCGUCCUCAGGGGAAAGCUAAGUCUGGUUGACCUUGCCGGCAGUGAGAGGCUGGAUAAAAGUGGGCUUGAAGGAGAUCACAUCAAGGAGACAAACAGCAUCAACAAGUCGCUGUCGGCACUCGGAGACGUGAUCCAGGCUCUUGUCACCCAGCAGUCUCACGUGCCCUAUCGCAACAACAAGCUGACGAUGCUGAUGCAAGACUCCCUGGGUGGCACCGCCAAGACGCUCAUGUUCGUCAACGUCUCGCCCAGCGGCGAACACGUCGAGGAGACCGUCAACUCGCUCGUGUACGCUACGCGCGUCCGACAAAUCACCAACGACAUCGUAAGAGCAUCUGAAACGAAAGAAAUCGCCAAGCUUAAAUCUGUGAUUGCAAAGCUGAAAAAGGAAAUAGCACCUUGAAGGACGGUGCGACUUCAGCAGUUCGAAACUGCGCUGACAUGAGUGCGGCACGAAGGAAAACGGCUGGCGAACAACAGAAGAAAGCCGUGAAGCGCUUCUGUGUGCUCAGUGUAACUCUCACUGCCCGGCGCUCGCACCAACUUCGGCUAUAUGACCGCCCUUCCGAAAGCUAUAGAGGAGCGUCAUAUCAGAACACGGAAUUGAGCUCCCAUUCCAUCGAUUCACGCAGAGAGGAAAGUGGUUCGACGAAAGGCCCUUGCCAUGACUCCGCUUCCAUGACUCAGGAAUGUGCUGGGCAUGGUUCGAUACUUCGAUGAACAUUAGUAUAGAGAUGAGUGUUAAGCUAGUUUGUACGAGUUAUUGAGCUGAUGUACUUGAUUAGCGCAUGAGAGGAUAGCGGGUAAUUAAAAGAAAAACUCAGAAGGUCCUUUA